AUGGCGUGCGAAGAACUGACGGAUUUCUUAGGAAAUAUCGAACAAAAGAUUGGUAAAGAAAGCUACGAGAUAAUAUUAACAAACACAUUAAGAGAUAAUAACUUUACAUCUCGGCUCUCAUUAAAGCUGCUAGAUCCGGAAAAUUUAGACGUUAUAUUUGCCAAAAGUAAACUGCCUCUUGGAUCUCGAAAAAUUCCUGAGUACCACUUGGAUUUGCUACGCAAUGAAUCGCCGUUAUCAAAGCCUAAACCACAGCGAACCGAUCGCGCAG